AUGGACCUCUCGGGUGCGGAGGAUGAGGACCUCUUGCCCGGAGGGGUCGAGCAGGGUCCCCGCGCGGAAUCCGAAACGGCGGUACUGAAUCUGGACAAGAUCCAUUAUCCUGAGUAAAAACGUCCCUACCCCAGAGUUGUCAUGCAAUUCUGCAUGCUGAAGAUGUUUCUCAUGCGGAGCUCCAUGACAAGCAUUUACUAGUCGCGUUUCGGAGUUUGUCAUGCUCCAAUCAGCAUGCUGCGCUAGAUCUGUGAUGCUGCUGCACUAGCUAAACAGGACCACACUACGAGGACAAACUUGUCAUGCGAAACAACCACAGCUGGCUGAUUUGUCUAGCAGAUUGCCCAUCUGGACUCUGGUGUGGGGACGUUUUUCCUCGCAAUAUCCAUCCCAAUCCGUUUAUCAAGAACCGGGACCGCCUCUGCGACGCCAUCAUCAACUCGCUGAAGGCGAUAUCAAAUGUAAAAAUGUCUGGGUCUAGAAGAAUCCGAACUUGUGACGCUGUCUCUGGAUUCUGAAAAAAAUUGUAUUGCAUGACCAGCAAGAGGGUCCAGUUUGUGCUACGCGGAGAGGGCAUUUCUCAUGCGGAAGGUGCAUCAGGAAGCCCUCUAAAAGUCUGCGAUGCUAGGUCAUGCAUUACAGGGAUCAUGGGUCAUGAGAAAUAUGCAUGACAAAUCUCGCAUUCUUCCAGACCCGGACAUUUUUGCAUUUGAUAGGCGACGUUGCCGCGCGGCGCGGGGAGGGUGAACCGGCACAGCAUUUAUGCAUUGCAAAAAUGUCUGGGUCUGGAAGGUUGGAACUUGUGAUGCUAACUCUGGACUGCCCUUAGACCUCCGAUGUGAUGCUAACUCUGGACUCUAAAGAAAUCUGCAUUGCAUGACCAGCAAGAGGAGUCCAGUUUGUGCUACGCGGGGAGGGCAUUUGUCAUGCGGAGUAGGCAUCAGGAAGCCCCCUAAAAAUCUGUGAUGCUAGGUCGUGCAUUACAGACAUCCUGGGUCAUGUAAAAUCUGCACGACAGGGCUUGUAUUCUUCCAGACGCAGACAUAUUUGCAAUGCAUAGCGUUCGGGAAACAGACAAGGACUUGGGGCAGAAUGACUCCGCAAACACCUGGGUCGGAAAAGGGAUCUUCAUAUCCUGUGUAAAAACGUCCCCACACCAUAGUUGUCAUGCAACUCUGCAUGCUUAAAAUGUUUCUCAUGCGGAGCCCCAUGAGAAGCAUUUUCUAAUGCGGUUUGGAAAUCUGUAAUGCGCCAAUCAGCAUGAGAUACUAGAUCUGUAAUGCUGCUUAGCUGGCUCAAACAGCACUACACUACGCGUCCAAAUUUGUCAUGCGAAACAGCCAAAUCUUAUGGAUUUGUCUAGCGGAUUUCCCAUCUUGACUCUGGUGUGGGGACAUUUUUACUCAGGAUACUUCAUAUCCGCGGAGGAGAAAAAGGAACUGCUGCGGCCGGAAAGGCUAUCAAAUGCAAAAAUGUCUGGGUCUGGAAAAGUGCAAGUUUGUCAUGCUUGUCUGGCAUGACUCGGGAAUCUGUGUUGCAUAGGCACGAAAAGGCCCGCUUACCUGUCAUACAAAAACAGAGUUUGCCAUGCGGAAUACGUAAGACAUGGCAGCCAAAAAAAUUGUCAUGCAUAGCUGCGUAUUGCAGUGCGUCUAUCUGUAACUUUUAGCAUUACAAGUUUCCAGACCCAGAUAUUUUUGCAAUCCAUAAAGGCGAAAUCAGUACAACCCGAAACGGCCGGACGAGUUUUUUCGGAUGCACCCGACUCUGUGGCUAGAUACGCUGGAACGCGUGCCGGUGCGAAAGGAAAACCAUUUAGGGGAGGAAUUUAGCCUAGCGUUCCAUUCGGACCCGGUGUACGACUUACUCGACAGCCACAGCGAGGGGGAGUCGGAGUCGAUCUAUCCUGAGUAAAAACGUACCCACACCAGAGUCAGGAUGAGGAUUUUGCAACACAAACCUAGGAGUUUUGUGAGUCACGCAUGACAAGUCGCACUAUGCAGUGUAGUGCAGGUUAGCAAGUGCAGCCGCGUCACAGAUUCAUCUGCUGAUCCUGUUCACAGCAUCACAAAUUCCAAAACACGAUUGGAAAUCUGCUGAAUCGACAUUUGGGACGAGUACCUUGGCCCGGGCGGGAUGCUCUUUCACAAUGUGCAACAAAAGCACCUGAAUACCGGGGCCUGCUGUCUGUGCCCGAUUCUGACGCUUUAUUUUCUCCUUUCAUUUUUCACGUUUGGCCUGUGUUGCCAGGCCUGCCAGAUUCGGAACAAGGCGGUGAAAAGGUGGGACGCUGAUUUUAUGCUCUGCAAAAGUAUCGUACUCGUAUAAAUGCAUUUACAAAUUUCCUCAGCAUGAGAAAGAAAAUUUGCGAUGCUGAUUGACCUUGAGAAAAAGGUUUGUAAUGCAUGACUGCAAUACGAGUGCGAUGCUUUUGCACAGGAUAGAUCUGCGCAAGUGGCAAUUUGAGUUCAACAAAGCGCUGGCGCCGUUCGGUAUGUUUGUGAAGACGCAGACCCACUGCUGGAUCACGAUCUCCUACGACGCCGAUGGCCGGCCUUCGAAAAACCGGCAUUUCAGGCGUUGGAUCGCCCUGGCGUUGACCCCGGAACAGAGUGCCCGAUUGGUGAUGGAGCCACACAUUACCGGAGAUGUGGAAAUUGACUACUGCUGCCGGGGAGUCAAUGAGUUGGAACUCAGUAUGCACCCGCCACAAGGAAUGUACUACUAAGCUAGUCCUUAUUUUUCAGGAGUAAGAAGUAUCCGCGUCGUGUUUUUAGAUGUGCACCCACUAAAAUUUCGCACGCUUCCUUGCAGGAGUUGUGUGCGUCUAAGUGCCUACAACUGUAUUCCUCAAGGCAAAAAUAAUAAGAUCGCCGGUUGCGGCGCUAUUUUGAUGAAGCGCGAUAGUUGUAUCUUUAUCAUAUCCACAGACGUUUUGACUGUGCUGAGUCCUCUUGGGGGAUUCUGUCAUUGUGCAAUGCGGUGAAGGGACUGCGACACCACUACAGCCCGUCUGAUUAUCUUGGUUUUGUUAGGAAGGCAGCCUUAGCAGCAUCGCAACUUCAGCACUAUUUUGGUCCUUUGUUGUGGAUGCAAACCGAUUUCUAUUGCAAGUAUGCAAGUAGAUACGGUAGAUCUAUGUUGGAAUAAAUCAUGACUUAAGAAGCCUUUACCUUCCUGUUCCUCUUUUGGCUCGCCCAAGUUCUCUCAUCUUUUGGUUGUGGCCACAGCAGAGCAGGAUAUCUUGAUUACUAGCACUGAAUUGACGUCGACGAGCUCUGGCUCAUCCCAUUUUGUCCUCGGGAUGGCUCGUGGCCGAUCAGAUAUUUUAUUUUCUUUACCGCAGACAAUUCCCCUCCGAUUACGGCGAGGGCGACCCACCUGCAAUCGCUAACUCUGCGCUGAAUGCACAAUGCAAGGAGCAACAUGCUCCCAGGCCGUCGCACGUAUCGAAAAACUAACCGUGGUGUAACGAAUCAACUCAAAGUAGCUUUAGAGCGAACGACGCGUAAAAAUCCAUGCUGCCAUCAGCAUUAACAUCGAACGUGAUUUCGCUGGUCGUGCGUGUCUUCAAAACGCCGGCCCAAGCGAUUGCGAGGUCUAAGUGCGACCUUGAAAGCCCAAACGAUGUCUACAGGAUCUGCAUAGAUCCACAACACUUAC